GGUUGCAUCGCCAUCCCCAAUUGUCAAAAUACACAACAUAUACAUUUUUCCCUAUUCCUGCCCACGCUAAAAUCUUCCACUGCCGCCGCUCCUCUUCCAAAUUACUUGUCCCAAAUAUAAAGCUUUAAUCUUGAAAUAUGGCUUUCUUGCUGAAUCCCAGUUUUAACCCAACUCCAAAAUGCUUACCUCAUAACCCACAAAAUAUUUCGCAAAGAUUUUGCCCUUGUCUCAUCAAUUCAACAAUCUCAAUGACCCAUGUACACAGAAGAAGGUGUGAUUGCUACGAUUUGCACAAAGAGCUGGUUCCGUAUGUAGAGGCAUGGUCUUGGCAAAAUUCAAUUGUUCAAGAGAGAAAAACAUUAAGUGAAAGGAAUGAAGAUUUUGCUGAUUCUCUUAUUGUUCUGCAACACCAGCCUGUUUAUACAUUGGGCUCUGGCAGUUCAGAAGAGUACUUGAAGUUUGAUGUAGAGAAAGCUCCUUUGAAUGUAUAUCGGACUGAACGUGGUGGAGAAGUUACAUAUCAUGGCCCUGGUCAGCUUGUUAUGUACCCUAUUAUCAAUCUCCGAUAUCACAAGAUGGAUCUCCAUUGGUAUCUCAGGGCACUUGAAGAGGUGGUUAUCCGUGUUCUCUCCUCAACAUUUGCUAUUAAAGCUUCACGAAUCGAGGGCUUGACUGGUGUUUGGGUUGGAGACCAAAAAUUAGCAGCCAUUGGUAUAAGAGUAUCACGAUGGAUAACAUAUCAUGGCUUGGCAUUGAACGUCAACCCAGAUUUGUCACCCUUUCAAAAGAUAGUUCCGUGUGGGAUUCGAGAUCGUCGAGUUGGGAGCAUAAAGGAGCUGCUAAGAUUAACUUUCCCAUCUAACAGUUGCAGUCUAGAGAAUAAUAAUCACGUCAAUGAUUAUGAGUUGAUUGAGAUUACACAUGAAUCAUUGAUUAGGGAGUUCUGUGAAGUUUUUCAAGCUGAACUGCAGUAUAAACAUACUCUUCGUGGCAUUUCUGAAGGACAAAAUCGUGAUCUAUCUUACUGGAAAUCAAAAGCAAAAGAUCCACAUCGAAUUUACAAAGCGUGAAUUGCUAAACACGGGUUCAUAAGAGUAACGCAAUCUCAAGAGAAAACGUAAGAACAAGGAGUCUACCAAAACUAAUGAAGCCUGUUGUAGUUGUAAAUCUAUUUGCUUUUGAUCUUUCUGUAGGUCUAGUUCUUAUUCAUGAUGUAUCUUACUUAUGAAAUUGAAAUAUGAAUGAAUUUAUGUUGCUGUCUUGCAAUUCUUGAUGA